AUGAAGUAUUAUGAAGGAGGUGAGAAAGUCAAGGUUGUCAAGUUGCAGACCUUGCAUCGGCAAUAUGAGUUGUUGUCGAUGGGAGAAGAUGAAAAGAUUGCAGUAUAUGUGUCAAAAGUCCAGAAACUCGUCCAUAUCAUGAAGGCUAUUCAAGAAUCCAACAAAGUCGAAGACCUAAAAUGGGAGGAUCUGGUUGGUUCGUUGGAGGCUCAUGAGAUUAGGAUUGUUGAAAGAAAGGGAGUUCAUGAUUCGAUACAGGCACUACAGGUUCAGUCGUGGAAAAAGGAUGGUAGUUCCAACAAAUUCAAAGGAAAAUUCGACAAGACUCAAGGCAAGAAGUCUUGGUCGAACCCUCACAAGCAUCAUGUCAAUGAUAGAGCUUCUAAAUCCUCGAAAAGAGAAGGAGGGAACUAUCGAAAGGACAAAGAAGAUAAAAAAGGUGUGCAAUGCUAUAACUGUGAAAAAUGGGGUCACAUGUCCAAACAUUAUUGGUACAAGAAAGACAAUGGAUCGAAAAAAGGCAAGGACGAAGGAACGAACCUUGCAUGCCAAGAUUCAGAUGAUUCUGAAGGUGGUAUGGUGGUUAUGGCUGCAGUUGUAGAUAACCAUGUUGAAUCCAAAAUGUGA